AUGUAUCGUGAUGGCAAGGGUCCAAAUGUUAAAGAUAUUCAAAGGGCUAUGUUUAAUUCUUUUCGUUGUAGUCCAAGCUAUUGGAAAUGUUGGAAGGGAGGUGAGGUUGCCAAGGAAAUGGUCCGAGGGACAGCGGAGAACGGAUAUUCAUGUUUAUCGACUUUUUCCUACAUGUUCGAGACACUUAAUGUUGGUUCUAGCUAUUUUAUCAUGGUAAACAAGGAUAGUCAUAGGUUCACGUAUUAUUUAUUGACCUUUGGUGCUUGCAUUAAGGGAUUUGCCCACAUGAGAAAGGUAAUUGCGGUUGAUGGCACUCAUUUACAUGGUAAAUACGAGGGCGCUUUGUUGAGCGUUGUUGCACAAGAUACGGAAAACCAUGUUUAUCCAAUUGUUUUUUGUGUCGUGGACAAAGAGAAUGAUGCAUCUUGGACAUUCUUCUUUGAGAAAUUGAAGGAGAUUGUGGUCGAUGAACCAGAUUUGUGCUUUAUCUUCGAUAGACACAAGAGCAUCGCCAAUGGUAUUGUGAAUGUUUACAAUCAUGCUCACUACGGAUAUUGUAUGAGGCACCUUGGUGAAAAUCUUUAUCUUUACUACAAUGCGGCAAAGGCUUAUUCUUUGGAGGAGUUUGACAAUAAUUUUGUAGAAUUCAAGAAAAAAUUCUCCGUGGUAGCUAUCAUCCUUGAGUAUGAUAUUGGUUUUGAGAAGUGGAGUAGGGCACAUUUUCCUGGCAAUAGAUAUGAUGUGAUGACUACAAAUAUUGCCGAGUCACCCAAUCCUAUGUUGAUAGACGAAAGGGAGUAUCCCGUGGCAUUAAUAUUUAAUUCGAUUGCUAAGAGGUUUAGAGAAUUGUCCAGGGAGAGGUGGCUUGAAAAUGAAUCAUCAACGAGUAGCCCAUCAAAUUUUCAAGGUGUUGCCAAAUUUGAAUUAUUAAGAAAGCUACGGCAAUCCGAAGAAAAUAGGGAUUUGCUAAUGACUUUCUUAAAAAAAGCCGAAGAGCAGAGGAAUCACUUGAAAGUGUUGCUAAAAGAUGUUGAAGGAGAUAGAGAUCAACUAAAAGAAAGAUUGAUUUUGGCAGAAGAAAAAGAAAAAUGCCUAAAAACUGUAUUGUGUGGUUUAUUUUUGGUGUUUGCUUUUUGA